AUGAAGAUAAAUGGUACCGACGUUACAAGAGCGUCGUUAAAUCAAGUGGUUGAUUUGUUGUCGACCUCAACUGGUGAUAAGGUGUCCUUAACUCUGAUAUCACCGAAAUGUUUAUCACCUGUUCUGAAUGUAAACAAUGGAAAUGAUGAGGAUGAUGGUGGUGGACAUUACGUAAUCUCGAAAGGUGGUAGUGAUGGUUACUCUAUUCAUUUGGUCAAUAAAGUUAUAUUGCCUUCACAACCGAAUAAGUCUAAUCAGACAGUGAGAAGUACAAAAUUAGUUAGACAUUCGACAAUUUCAUCAAUUUCAUCAGAACGAAGUUCUGAAAGGACAUUUGUUUCUUCGCUGAAUGGAAACUCAUGCAUGACAGAUGAAGGGGUUUGGUGUUAUUCGCCUAGUAUCAGUACAAAUGCAUCUGCACGUAGCUCUUCAAGUAGUCGGCACGAUCCAACAGUAACCAAAACGAAAUUUGUUGCAAAUCCAGGUAUGAUGCAACAAUCCCCUGUGCCAAACAGUAAGCAAAAUCUUGAUAUACAAGCACAAAGGGUACGAUUUCGAGGCUUGCCAAGAUCUCAGACGACGACAGGUAUUUCAAAUGUGGACCAGGAUAAAUCAGGAAACGCUAUGACAAAUUCUUUAUACUUUCCACGUAAUCCCAGAUUUCAUCGUGUAGGUUCAAAUGACUCCCGGCAUUCUUCUCACUCCCCAACAAGUUUUAUGCAAUCCAGCAAGCCAAUAACAAAUGAUUUGCGUGUAUUAGACGGCAGAUUACACCGAAAUCUCAGCAAUAAUUACCCACCUAAUGCAAUUUUUAAGAUGUCAUCAAGGCAAUCAGCUGCUCAUCGAUCCUUUCCAAUAUCUGAUCAACAAUCUUCACCAAUAAUCACAGGUAGACCAACACAUCUUGUUAGACGACCUAUAUCAUUAAAUCAGAGACAAGAAAGAAGAAUGUCACUUAUCUAUCAGACAAUGAGUCAACGUCAGCAAUGA